GCUCGCGCCUCUCCCUCCUUCGUCUUGUCAUGAGGCGCGCAUGACCGGGAAGCAGUUCCCGGCGUGGUUCAGGGCGCUAAGAUGGCGGCGGCGUGAGUUGCAUGUUCCCGUGUGUCUACUGUCCCGGGGCCGCCGCGUCGGACGGAGCGAGGGACGGACCGGACGGACGGAAGCUGCCGCUGCCGCCGCCCGCCCGGCCCAGCCAUGGCUGUCACCGUCACCUUGAAGACGCUGCAGCAACAGACGUUUAAGAUCCGCAUGGAGCCGGGGGAGACGGUAAAGGUGCUCAAGGAGAAGAUUGAGGCAGAGAAGGGUCGUGAUGCUUUCCCUGUGUCUGGACAGAAGCUUAUCUAUGCAGGAAAGAUCCUCAGUGACGAUGUCCCUAUCAGAGACUAUAAGAUUGAUGAGAAAAACUUUGUGGUCGUCAUGGUGACGAAGGCCAAAGCUGGGCUUGCCACUUCGGCGCCUCCGGAGCCCUCUGCCCCUGCUGCUGCCGCCAACACCUCGGAGCCCUCCACACCUGCCCCACCAGCUCCCGCCAUUGUUGCCAUGCCCCUACCCCCGCCAGCCUCCAGUGAGGAGAAGAAGCCCACAGAAGAGUCAGCUGCUGCGACACCUCCAGAGGCUGGGCCUGGCUCUCUUCCCUCUUCAGGGAGCAGCGGGCAGGAGGAGGACGCAGCCUCUACACUAGUGACAGGCUCCGAGUAUGAGACAAUGCUGACAGAAAUCAUGUCCAUGGGCUAUGAACGUGAGCGGGUGGUGGCUGCUCUGAGGGCCAGUUACAACAACCCCCAUCGGGCUGUGGAGUACUUGCUGACGGGGAUCCCAGGGAGUCCAGAGCCUGAGAGUGGCCCUGUACAGGAGAGCCAAGCCCCUGAGCAGCCUGCCCCAGAGGGAGGUGAGAACCCCCUGGAAUUCCUCCGUGACCAGCCUCAGUUCCAGAACAUGCGACAAGUGAUUCAGCAGAACCCAGCCUUGUUGCCAGCCCUGCUACAGCAACUAGGCCAAGAGAACCCCCAAUUACUGCAGCAAAUCAGCAGGCACCAGGAACAGUUCAUCCAGAUGUUGAAUGAGCCCACAGGGGAGCUGGCAGACAUGUCGGAUGUGGAGGGGGAGGUUGGGGCCAUUGGUGAGGAAUCCCCUCAGAUGAACUACAUCCAGGUCACGCCACAGGAAAAAGAAGCCAUAGAGAGGUUGAAGGCCCUGGGGUUUCCUGAGAGCCUGGUAAUCCAGGCCUACUUCGCUUGUGAGAAGAAUGAGAACCUGGCAGCGAAUUUUCUCCUGAGUCAGAACUUUGAUGAUGAGUGAUACAGGGAGAGAGGGAGGGAAACUGAGCUCACCCCCACCCUUACCCCCCUACUGCCGGCAAAAAAAGUUUUAUAGAAGAAAACAAAUAUAUAUAUAUAUACACACAUAUACAUAUAUAUAUAUAUAUUCAUGUUUAUUUAAGUGGAAAAAAACACAAAAAGACUACCCGAGUGCCCUUUUUAACUCCCCUUUCCCCCAGGAAGUUGGGGCCACACACAGCUGUAAUAAGCUGUCCUCCCUGACCCAGCAUUCUCCCCAUUUCUGAGUGUGCACGUGUGCAUGUGUGUGAGAGAAAGUGUGUGUGUAUGAGCUGGAGCUGGCGCCCUGGCCAGGGGAUUUGGAGACAGAUGGGCCCCUCCUGGCCUGUGGCCCAGCUUGCUGCUGAGACAGAUGGAGCCUUGGCCCCAGCUCCCAGCAAGCAGGUCUCUCCUCCCUCCCUCCCCCUGAAACUGCUGAUGUCCCCACCCCCUCCUAGGGGGAGUCUGAGGUGGCCCAGCUCCACCUCUUCUGCCCCCUUUCUGACUUGGGGUAGGGCUGGGUGGGAGGAACCUGAUCUUCCCUUGGAAUGAAACUGUCCAAAUUCUUCCAUCUGGCUUUUUUUUUUGAGGAAAGUCAGAUGAAGGAUAGCUAGGGCUAAUUGCUUAUCACCAGCCUGAGUGCUGGGGAAAGAAAAGGGGGUGUUGGGGUUAGAGCAAAAAACUUCUAAGUAGGCACCUGAGGGCAUCAAAGUACCUCUGCUCCUUCCGGUAGUCUGGUGAAGAGCAAGUUGCUGUUUGAAUCCCUCUUGCUUUGCUCUGCAAAGAGCUGCAUUAUAAUGGGGCUGGAGGGGCAGGAGCAUUCUGGGUAGGGUGUUCGCUAGAGAGAAUGUCUGGGCAGAAACUAACCCCAGAGCCAGGCUGUCCUGACUCCUUCCCUCUUGCCUUCUUCACCCUGCCCUCCCCCCAGAAAUGUGUCUCUGAUAAAGGUUUUGAAGUGAAUAAAAGUUUUAGAAACAA